AUGGAUAUUGGCCGAACAAUGAUGCCUUCAACACUCCCAAAAAGGCGUCUGGAUGCUGGAACCUUCGGUACUAUGGGCGUUGGACAGGGUUAUGCACUAGCUGCAGCGUUAUACUGUCGCGAUCAUUCACCAACCACGAAGGUGCUGGUAGUUCAGGGGGACAGUGCUUUCGGUUUCUCUGGCAUGGAGAUUGAAACUAUUGCUAGGUAUGGUUGA